GACGACAAUAACAGAUUCAAACUAUCAAAUUAAAAUUAGACAAAACGGAAUAAUUUCUUGUCGCAGGCUUAGUACUUAGGUACUUACAGACGUAGCUAAACAUAUGAAUCACUUCGUAAUCAUAUUACUCACGGUGAUGGCAUCAGUUUUGACCAGUCAAGACGAGGAGGAUCCAUCCACCAGAAUAUAUCCGCAAAUUUUAACGGAUAUUCCGUUCAUCGAAGAUGCAUCAGCUAUGAGUUUGGAGGAAUUGAUCGAUAAGGCUUCCAAUCACCCUGGUCUCGAAUGGAUAAAAGACGAAGAGUUGUUGACGCAAUUCGGAAUAAAUGUUACGCAGAUCCAUCCAGAUAUCAUAGCGGACGCAUUUUCGACAACAUGUCAGUUAGUCAGGAGGCGUGGAUAUCCAUGCGAAAUACAUCGAUUUCAGAACAAAGACGGUUACAUCAUUGAAAUGCACAGAAUUCCCGGAAGUUCUUCGAGUCCAGCAAAGUUCGGCAAAACCGUAGCAUAUCUUCAACAUGGUUUACUAGACAGCUCAGCAACAUGGGUGAUGAUGGGUAAAAAUAGCCUUGGAUACGUACUUGCUGACCUGGGGUAUGAUGUUUGGUUGGGCAAUAAGAGAGGAAAUCGCUACUCUCGUGAACACAUUCGAGAUGAUCCAGAUGGUCGUAGGGGUGAUCGUAGACGGUUUUGGAAUUUCAGCUGGCAUCAUAUAGGGAUUGUCGAUCUGCCUGAUAUGAUCGACUACAUAACAUCAAGAACAGCCCAACACCGAAUUCAUUACGUCGGUCAUUCACAAGGGACAACUGCUUUUUUCGUUAUGUGUUCCGAACGACCAGUCUAUAAUAGCCGGAUUAUAAGUGCGCAUAUGUUGGCUCCGAUUGCAUUUAUGGGUAAUUUGAGAAGUCCGUUCGUACGUUCGCUAGCUUUCUUUCUCAACAGUCUGGACAUGGCAACGUCACUAUUGGGAAUCUACGAGUUUCUACCGAACAACGAAAUUAUGUCUUUGCUGGGACAGGCUGCCUGCAGAGAUGAAGCUUGGUUUCAAGUGGUAUGCAGCAAUGUACUGUUUUUAAUCGGUGGUUUCAAUUCGGAUCAAACGAAUAACACAAUGCUUCCUGUUAUUAUGGGUCAUACUCCCGCUGGCGCAUCUACCGAUCAGAUGAUUCACUAUGGGCAAGGUAUUCGAACAGGUCGGUUCCGGAAAUAUGACUACGGAGCCCUAAAUAUUAUCCAACAUGGCAGUUUCACUCCACCGAACUACAAAUUAGCUAAUGUGCAAGCGCCGGUGUCGCUAUAUUAUUCGUUAAAUGAUUUAUUGUCGGAACCCGUUGACGUUGACACACUUUGGCAAGGACUGGGCAAUCCGGUGCAUAAAAUUCUGAUCAAUGAUCCGCGAUUCAAUCAUUUCGAUUACGUUUGGGCUAUCGAUCAACGGACAUUGGUUUAUGAUCGUGUUGUCGACAUAAUGAGAAGUUAUGAGCGCGGUGUUAGUGAUGCUUCGGAUGGAAAUUUGUCAGAAGUUAUUGAUGAGGUGAGAUCCGUUUGAUUAAAACUCAUUUUUACAAA